AUGGUGACGACAAGAUCACAAAAGUCCAGCAGCGACCGUGCCGAGCCCAAGGGGGCAACGGACGAGCACGGCGCGUCCCGCGCGAGCGACCAAAGGGCGAGGCGGAACCUCAAGACGAGCCGGCGCUCCAGAGGCCAGAAGCGGCACGACGACGCCCCCUCGGCGGGCAAGCAAGCGCGCCGGAGGACGGCGCAGAACCCAGCAACAACAGCAACAACAACAUCAUCAUCAACAGCAACAAACGGCGGCGCCCGGACCGUGCUAGAAAAGGGCAUCAUGUACUACUUCGUCCGGGCCCGGGUGGACACGGACACGCCCAAAUCGAUCGACGACAUCGCGAGAGGCUACCUCAUCCUCCGCCCGGUGCCGCAGGAGGCAAGGCUCCGGGACGGCCCGCUGGCCCGGCGGCCGUCGCGGCUGAUCGCCCUGCCCAAGAAGGUGCUCCCGGGGAGCGCAAAGGAUCGGUUCAUGGCGUUUGUGGAGAAGGCGGAGGCGGGGGACGACGAGAUCCGGGAGCAGUUCCUCGAGGGGCACGAGUACGAGACCAAGACGGCGGGCCAUCGCCGGCGGCCGGAUGCCACGCCGGUGGGGGAGGGCGUCUACGUGCUCACCGCGACGGGGAGGGAGAGCCACCUGUCGUACGUGGUGACGGUGCCGAGCGAGAUGGGCGACUUGCAGCGGGCCGUGGGGCUGAAGCCGCGGGGGAGCCUCCUCAUCAGCAGCAAGAACCCGGAGUUCAAGGGCCCGGCAAGCGCGCGGCUGCCAGCGGGGCCGGACUUCCCCAAGGAGGUUCUCGCCAAGUUCAGGUCGUUGCGAUGGGCGCCCACGCAGCCCGAGUUUCUGGACUACCCCCGCGCGCAGGUGCUGCUGAUUGGGGACAAGACGCCGCUGGGCAAGGAGGUCGAGGAGGGCACGGGGGACGCCGAUGCCGACGCCGACGACGCGGUGGGCGCUCUGGACGAGCUGGAGGACUACGACGUCCGCCGGAUGAGGCACCUGUCCGAGGACGAGUCCGAGGCCAUCUACCGGGAUCUGCACAGCCAGGCGUCUUCGCUGCCCGGCAUCCAGAAGGAGCUGCUGCGGUGA